CCCGCCGCACUCCCCGCUCGCCGACCGAGCGCAGCGGAGCCGCAGUUCCCCCAGCGCCAUUGCCUUCCUCAGCCCGCUAUGGCAGUGCUGGUGUCAUUCCAAGUUGGCUGAAGCAUUUUGAGAAUGAAUGCCUGGUAGACAGCAGCACCGGUGUAGCAAGAAAGGAAGUCAAAAGUGCCAUUGAUGCUAAUGAUACUUAAAGAAGCAUCCCUAAUGUCCCAGCUGGAUCACUGAGCACUUUUGGGAUUCCUGGAGGUGCUGCUGUUUAAAGAAGGGAUUGUCCUGAGGAUCUGGCCUGUCAUCAAAGCAGCAUCCCUGUGGGUGCUGGAUGCAAGUCCUUGACAUUCUGGAAACCAUGGGGAUUGGUAAGAACACCACUGCCAAAUCAGUGGAGGCAGGAGGCUCAACAGAAGGCAAAUAUGAGGAUGAAUCUAAACAUCCCACCUUUUUCACCUUGCCUGUGGUGAUAAAUGGUGGAGCAACAUCCAGCGGUGAUCAGGAUACAGAGGACACAGAGCUGAUGGCCAUCUAUACCACAGAAAAUGGCAUAGCAGAGAAGAGCUCCUUGGCAGAGACACUGGACAGCAGUGGCAGUUUGGACGCCCAGAGAACUGACAUGAUUUACACCAUCGAAGAUGUUCCUCCUUGGUAUCUCUGCAUCUUUUUGGGCUUACAGCAUUACUUAACAUGUUUCAGUGGAACUAUAGCUGUGCCCUUUUUGCUGGCUGAUGCCAUGUGUGUUGGAUUUGACCAGUGGGCUACCAGCCAGUUGAUUGGGACCAUCUUCUUCUGCGUGGGCAUCACUACAUUGUUACAAACAACUUUUGGGUGCAGGUUACCCUUGUUUCAAGCGAGUGCUUUUGCAUUCUUAGCACCUGCUAGAGCAAUACUCUCCCUGGAGAAGUGGAAAUGUAAUAAUACAGAUAUAACAGGUACAAAUGGAACAACAGAACUGCUUCACACUGAACACAUCUGGUACCCCAGAAUACGAGAGAUCCAAGGUGCUAUCAUCAUGUCCUCCCUGAUCGAAGUGGUGAUUGGUUUGCUUGGCCUUCCCGGCGCCCUGUUGCGAUACAUCGGCCCUCUGACCAUCACCCCCACCGUUGCUCUCAUCGGCCUCUCUGGUUUCCAGGCUGCUGGAGAAAGAGCAGGCAAACACUGGGGUAUCGCCAUGUUGACUAUUUUCCUAGUAUUAUUGUUUUCCCAGUAUGCCAGAAAUGUCAAAUUUCCCUUACCCAUUUACAAAUCCAAGAAAGGAUGGACAGCAUACAGACUGCAGCUUUUCAAAAUGUUCCCUAUUAUUUUGGCUAUUUUGGUGUCCUGGUUGCUCUGCUUCAUCUUCACGGUGACCGAUGUCUUUCCCCCGGACAGUUCCAAGUACGGCUUCUACGCGCGCACCGACGCACGGCGAGGGGUGCUCUUGGUAGCUCCCUGGUUCAAAGUUCCUUACCCUUUUCAGUGGGGACUGCCAACAAUUUCAGCUGCUGGAGUGAUAGGAAUGCUGAGUGCAGUGGUUGCUAGCAUCAUCGAGUCAAUAGGAGACUACUAUGCCUGUGCCAGGUUGUCUUGUGCUCCUUCUCCACCAAUUCAUGCCAUAAACAGAGGGAUUUUUAUUGAGGGUCUUUCCUGUGUUCUGGAUGGAGUAUUUGGGACAGGGAAUGGAUCUACUUCUUCCAGCCCCAACAUUGGUGUCUUGGGCAUCACAAAGGUUGGAAGUCGCAGGGUCAUUCAGUAUGGGGCAGCCUUCAUGCUCCUGCUGGGGAUGGUGGGCAAGUUCAGUGCUCUCUUUGCCUCUCUGCCAGACCCCGUGCUUGGUGCCCUCUUCUGCACCCUCUUUGGGAUGAUUACAGCUGUGGGUCUGUCUAACCUCCAGUUCAUAGAUCUGAAUUCUUCAAGGAACCUGUUUGUACUUGGAUUUUCCAUUUUCUUUGGACUUGUCCUCCCAAGCUAUCUCAAACAGAAUCCACUGGUCACAGGCAUAGCAGGCAUUGACCAGGUGCUGAACGUCCUUCUCACUACAGCCAUGUUUGUCGGGGGCUGCGUGGCCUUUAUCUUGGAUAACACCAUUCCAGGAAGCCCUGAAGAAAGGGGAAUACAGAAGUGGAAGAAAGGGGUUGGUAAAGGAAGCAAGUCACUGGAUGGCAUGGAAACGUAUGAUUUGCCUUUUGGCAUGAACAUUAUUAAAAAAUACAGGUGCUUCAGCUUCCUGCCCAUCAGCCCCACCUUUGUGGGCUACACGUGGAAAGGCUUCAGGAAAAGCAGUAACUGCAGGAGUUCAGAUGAAGACUCAGAAGCUACAGUAUAGCCUUAGGUGAAAUUAUAUUCUCUAGUUGUAGUAAAAGAUGUAUUUGCAGUUUCUUGCUGAUUUAAGAAGCAUUAAAAUAUAUGUUUUGUAUAUCUGCAUUUAAAUUCUGGAACCAGAGCUGAGACAGAUUUUGAAAAAAGAAAAAAAAAAAAAAAGAAAAAAGCUUUUCUGUUUGUAGGUGGUGGGAGCCAGAUCUGGUGUCUCUGGGUCAAACUUGCACAUCUUCCUCUGGGGGGGGGUUACAGAGGCUCUCUAGAUAGCUGCACAUCCAAGGCUGGUUCUUUUAAAUGGGGCCUAGGGUCUGGAAGGAUGUAGGUGCUGCUGAAAAAUGUUGGGUUUUUUUUAAGGUGUUUUUAUUGAAGUCGUUGAUGCUGGAGUUUUUGACAUGUUCGUUGCUGGUCACACCUGAAAAUUUGAGUCCUGUGAGAAGGAGGGGAGGGAAAAACCCCUCAAAAAAUGUAUUUUUAAUUGUCUCAGAUCUCCUGUGUAUUGUUUUCUACUCCCUGAUUUGCUCAUUCCAUAUUUUCGGGCCCCUGGAAAUCAGGUUUGCUUGAUCCUGGCAAAUAAUUAGUGUGGGUUUUUUUUUUUUUUUAAAUUACCAAUAGCUCAGUCCAGGGUUCAGACACAAAGUUUCUGUAAUAAGGGUGCUGACAAAAACUGUGAUGGACCUCUGGUAGCUCAGUGCUGCAGAAGGAACCACUCAUUUCAUGUCAGCUCGUGUUUUUAAAGGUUUGCUUUUGUGGCCACCUCAUUUCCUGGUGCCCAGGUUGUCUUUAGAAGGAUUCACACCUGGCUUGAUUUCGGGAAGGCGGGAAACUUGUAACUUGUAGAUGGGACCAGUUUUUACAGUGCAGUGUGUGUAUCCAGCAAGAUAUUUUUUUAACAAAAAUGCUGAUUUGUUGAGCAAUUCUAAACAGUUAACAUCUGUAUCCAUGCCAGGUGCUGCCAGCAUUCCCUGCUUUGGAUCUGGGCAGGAUUUUCUUGGUGGGAUAUCCAGGGCGGAGGCUGCUUCCGAGCGGCUUCCGUUGCGUUGCUUCUUUUUCCUCCUCUCUUGGAGGGGCUUCUUCAAAAGCUUCUUCCUGCUGGGGAGGCAGGUUUGAGCAGCAGAGACACCAUGUUUGAUGUCCUCAUCCACUGGGUGGUUUAAUGGAUGUUGGUUCCAAUCAGGGCACCUUUCAGGUCGAUCUUUUUUUUUUUUCUUCCGGGAAUUGUCUCAGCUCUGAUGUUACGUGGGUGUUCAUAAGCUCAUCAUGCAUUCAUAAUUAAAACUUUUAUUCAUGUUUAAUGUUCUUACUAUUGCAAGUUAGUUUUAGACUUCAGUGUGGCCCCAAAAGCAUCUUUCAAGCUGUGGAGAUCAUCAGGGAAAUGUAGUGUCAUUUCAAGGCCAGUAUGCUCUACGGUGCUUGCAUUCUGUAUUCCUGGAAAAAGCCUAAUGGUGGAUCCUGUCGUUCACUAGUAUAUUUAUCCAAGUUUGACUACUGGGUGGGAGUGCAGGAACUCUUGUUUUCUGAGUCAACUUCCAGGGGGAAUUUGUUCUUGGUUAUUGAAGCAUGGAAGGGUUGGGGUGGGGAGGGCAUGGAAAGAGCUUAACGGAUCAGUACUGAGUAGUGUAGAGUUGGAAUGAUUCCUUUGGUCACGUUCUCAGCAUGCCAUGGCUGUUCCCAGAAACUAUUUUAUACUGCUUUUUCCAUAACAAAGCAUGAUGUUUGUUCCUGCUUCAGGGAACUUUCAGUAGUUUGCAGUCUUGGUGUCGGUUGGACUAUCUCGAAAGCUGGUGGGAAGAGUUACUGUGUAGUAGACAAGGUUAGUUUGCCUGUGAAACAAAGUAAUUUUUAUCCUUUUUAGAUUUUUUUUCCUCUUCAGGUAGUGAAGUGGUAGCGAGAUGUCCACAUCCACUUGCAGCUGGUUUUGAGUGCAGAGAACUCUAAUCAGUGGCACGAAGCUUCUCCAUUUCCCAACUUGAUGUGCAACCAAAGAUGUGAGGGGGACUUGGGGAGUUAAAAACAGAUAUAUAUAAAAAAAAAAAGUAAAAAUCUACCUAUGUAUGGUGGCUGUAAUGAUGUAAAAUGCCAAAGUUGGUUUCUUGUAACUGUUGAGAAAGGGAGGCAAAAGUAUUUUAUUUAACCAGUGCCACCUCAGAGAUGUUGAAACAUCAGGCCCAGUGGUGCCACUGGGCACGGAAUGCAGCAGUGACACCUUGACCCCAGGCUUUUCCAACCUUUCCCCCCAAAUAUUUUGAUAACUUCAGUGCUUGCACAGUCAAGAGAUGAGGUGAUGAUGAACAGCAUUUGUCUCCUCUCCCCUUUGGCUGAGGAGCAAGGCCGUUCUCUGUGGUGCCUUCACUGGAGAACUGCUGAGAUGAUUUGUGACACUUGAGUUACAAGGCAGCGACUCCAAGGAUCAUUUUUGCUUCUCCCCAGAGCAGAGCACCACCCCUUUCUUGCAGCGUAGGAGAGACUAUCCAAAAAGGUGAAGUCUGAUGACUCUGUUCAACUGUUGGAUUUAAUUCUUUUCAUGGCUUUGGGUCCUGCUGUGCCAAUUCUGUUGACUGGCUGAGAGAAGUACAGUAGCGUUUAGCCAGCGUGUCUGCUUUUCUAGCCACUUGGUGACACUAAAACAAGUAGUUGUAGUCAGCAGUUAUUUUUGUAACCAAACUUGUAUUUGUGACAACUCUCUCCAUCCUCCUUACGAACGUGAAUGGUUAAGGAUGAGCCUCAGGUUUGCAAAGAUCUGCUGGGGCUCCAGCACAGGGCUGUGAGGGAGCCAUUGGCAGUGCCGUGGACAUCCAGGGUGUGCAGCUGCCCAGCACCAGGAGGUGAGCCAGGCAUGGAGCUGGGGUAUGGUUCCUUGGAAAGAGAAGCUCCCUUUUCUCUCUCCCAAGCACCUGAAACCAUCCCUGGGCUGCCAGUCAAAGAAGGUGUAUUGCUUUUUUGGAUGGAAACCAGUCUGUCUUUCCCCCUGUUUUGUGCCAGGGCGGUGGGUGGACCUGAAAUCCUUCUCCCACCUCUGCUUUUCCACAAGGGAGUUUUAGUAGUUGUUAGGAAAGGCCUUGGCUGGGGAAGUCCAGGGAGCUGCUGUAUGUGCAGAGGAUUAACAUGUCCUUUUGAAAAGGAUUGAAAUGGUUGUGGCUACAUCCAGACUUUGAUGCGUAAGGGUGGCUGGAGAUCGAAACGUGACUGUAAAUGCAAGACUGUAUUUUUCCUGUCUCUCGUUAUUGCCUUUUUCAAUCAGCUCAACUCAACAAAACCACACUGGAAAGACAACACCCGAGGAGUGGGUUAAGAGGCAAUGAGAUGUUUCAACCCAAGUUUGAAGACAGAAGGGCAAAAUAUUCAUGGUUAGAAAUAUCAUUUUGUCAUAUCGCAGGUGGUAUCAGUGUGUGCAAAGCAAAAUAACUUGGGAUUUUUGUAACUGAUAUUCUAUUGUAUUAUUAUUUUUUUUUAGGUUAAAUUAAGAAUUCUUGCUAACAUGUUGAAACACGUUUUCUAAAGCAAUUAUUUGCAAAUUAUACCUACAGAAAUUUAGGCUUCAUAGCUAACAGCUAAGACUGAUUGAUGUUGUCAUAUUAGAGUGUGUUGUGAGGAACUCAAAUCAGGUGCCUCACUCAGAAAGUUUAAACUUUAAACCCAGAAUUUGCUUUAUGCCUUUUAAUACUGACUUUAAAUAUGGCAACUUGGUUUGUACAUGAAUAUUUGCAGUAUUUUAUUUCCAUAGAUUAAAAAAAUAACAUUUCCACUCAGGAUGAUGAUCCCCGUUUUCCUGGGAGGGAGUGGUAUGGUUGUCAUGACAAUGUCAUGUGAUGGUAGAAUUUCUUCAUUGACGAAUCUAUAGUAGUUGUGUAUACUUUAUUUACCCAUCUUUAUGUUCCUACCAAAAAACUAAAGGGUUUCUUUAUCCUCCAUCUCCCUACUGAGAUCUUGGGACCCCCCAGAUGCAGAACUGGAGCUUGCAAAGUGAAAUCCUCAGUACCCUUUAUACCACUCCAGGGAGUGCAGCUGGUCACUUCAUGGCAUCCUUGAUUCAAAAAAAACACCCAAAACAUGGAAAAUGGCAUCAUUUGUGGUACAAACAGCACUCCAGGCACACAUGGUUUCAAACAGCCAGCUUCUCAUGGUUGGGUGAGCCACUGGGUGCUCACCCAUCAUCUAAACCAACCUGUGCUUCGCAUCGUGUGUAUUGAUGUAGAAAAUGCAGGUGUGACAGACCAGCACAACCGACAGUGUUUCUUUGUCGUGGCCUUCUUGAACCAAAAGCGACUUUUUUUUCGUUUUUUUUUGGGGGAUGGGUGGAUCAGUCUUUUUUUUUUGCAGGAAAUGUCCCACUGGGUUCAUGUUCCUUUAGUCUUUCUGGAGGCUGGUGGCCUUUUGUGGCCACGGGAUGCCAGGUCCUCUGUGCUCUCACGUCUCCGUAGCUGCGAUGGGUCAUCACGGGAGGAGGCCACGACCUUGCCAGUGUUUUGCUUCUGCCCAUGGGUGUAUCCAGCUCCAUGCUGGGCUGCUUGGAAGUGGUGGGGAUCCAUCUUCAGAGCCAUCCAAAAUAGUCCUGUCUAGUUCCACUUUGCCUGUGACUGUGCAUUAUCAUCCCUACAUCUUGAUACCAGAGAGAUGUUUAGAGUUGCCUUGUGUUCUUGCUGGCAUUUCCUAUGUCUUUUUCCAGGUAAACCAUCUUGCUGCCAGUCCAAAUUCUUGUACUUUUCUCUGUUUUAUAACAAUCUUUGGCGUAACAAACUAUUGACUGUUCUUAGGCAGUGGGGAUAAAUAGGUUUGGUUUUUUUCCCAUGACUUUUUGCGACUGACUUGGGCUGUAAAACUUCUUUUGUUCAACAGCAAAAGGUUUUUUGGUUUGGUUUUUUUGUUUGUUUGUUUUAGGUUUUAUUUUUGUUCUGAGAUGUGUAAUUCUUUUAUGGAGGUUUUUUUAAUUUCAUAUUAUUUUUUUUUUUCUAACAAUGCUUCAUUCAACAAUUAAAUAUUUAAAAAUGUAAUAUUUGGACCAGAUGUUGUGAAUAAUAGUAGAUAAAGCUAUUUUAUUCUGUAUUUUUAAAGCUGUUCAGUAUAAAUAAACGCGGGCAUAGAUGCA